CAGAGGAGCUUAGAGAGGGGAUCUGCAUUGUAAGUAGCUCUGAGAGCAGCAAGUGGUGGCCGUUUUUCAACCUGUUUUUGUUUUCUGGAGGAGCAAGAGAACAAGAAGAAGAAGGAGGAGAAGAAUCAGGAAGAAGAGCACAGAUUUGAAAAGUCUGAGCUGUGUUUAAAAAAAAAAAGAAGAAGCUGAAGGAGAAGAAGGGAGGAGAGAAGCCAGGAGGAACACAAGGCAGCAAUGGAUAGCAGAGUGGCUCAAUCUGACCCUGGGAUGGCCUGGAUUCACACACUGCUGCUGGCCACCAGCCAGCACACACACUAGACUGCUAACGCAAAUGAGCUCCCAUGUGCUCGUUCAGCCAUGCUCCCUGGGUAUGGAUUCUCACCUUUUCCUGAUUUCCAACCCCACCUUCACGCCUUUCGCUGCAGAGGAGAGAGUCCCAGCAUGUGGAUCCCUGGCUCAGUAGAGUCCCAGGCUCUGAGCGAGUCCCAGGAGGACAGGCCUCUCCUCCACCCGUGCCACCACAAGCAUGUCGCCGUGUGCCAGCAGGAAACAUUGGCUUUUAUUGAGCUACAGCCACCAGUGACUCCUAAACUAAGGCCAACAGUUAUUCCAGAUGCACAAUGUAUAACACACUCCCGGCCACUGAAUGGUUUCAGACACACGCUAAACGAACACAAUGACAUGCAGAACGGCUGCCACAGGACAGACAAUGAACAUGAAACAAUACAGAAUUUGAACUCUUAUACACCUGACGGUGAUGGUGAUCUUGAAUGCCCCAAUGGGACUUCUUCUAUGCAGGAGCAGACUGAAAAGCCACGAACUGUCACAACAGUAUGUCGUCCUCACCACGCAGCUCUUAGCCUCCCCCUGUCGUUCCCUCUGUCCUCUCUAUACACAAACAGUGACUCAUGGGAAUCUCAGUUGCCUUGCUCACCGUCCUCACCUGAAGGUCCUGGGUUUCAGAGCCCAGACUCUUGCCAGCCACAGAGGAGGACAUCACAAGGUUCACUGAAAGAGAAGUCCAUCCGGCGAAAGAUGCAGGUUUAUUCCCCUGACAGCCCAAGCGAUGAAUCUCUCAGCAGCCCAAUCCUGGAUGCAGACUACAUCUUUCCUGGACCUUUUGCAUCUUUCCUGGAGGAGGACCUCAGUGGAUUAUCUUCCCUGGAGGCCAUUUCAUGUCCGUCAUCCACAGAUGGUGCUGCAGAUCUCCCAAACCUCAGUCACAAUGAUAUUUUUAAUUUACCUUCAGAACCACUGCAGAUAAUAGAGGACUCAAUACUGGGGGAGAGGGAAGAUAGCGGUAGUGCAGAGACAUCCAGCGCCACAGGGGGGAGCUUUUUGUCACGCAGCCGUCAAGGGGACCAAGAGCGGAGGCGCUUCUCAGCUUCAGAACUCAUAUCUAGACUUCAGCUGUCUCAGAGGAAGAACUCCUUCACUCUGAAGCUGGGGAAGUCACUGUCAGCACGGGUAGCCUCCAGAGACAGACAGAGCACCAACAGCCUCAGCCCCAACCCUGACUAUAAUAAGUCCAACUCCAAGCACCGCAGUUCAGGAGGCUCUAGUGAUAGCGCCCCCCACAGUCCUGUAGGACCUGCACCGCCUCUGCCCAGCAAUGACAAUGGGAUGCCUUUGCAUCGGUGGAGCACAAAACUCGGAAUGCGAAAGAAAUCCAUUGAAGAAGACGUGGGCACACUUCCAACUGUUGCUAGUUCGAAUCGCUUAUCAAGGUUUUUGCCCAGUUCAAUUCUGUACCAAGAAUAUAGCGACGUCGCCAUCAACAGAGAGAUCCAGAGGCAGCAGGGGAAGGAGCCGGGCACAGAGGAGGAGGGCCUCAGGGACGAGGGGUCUGAUGGGACCCCGUCCCCAUCUAAUCUGUCGCCGUCCAGCUCCUUUCGUUCCUCACGAGGCUCUGCUUUUGCACUGUGGCAGGAUAUACCUGAUGUACGAACCAGUGGUCAGCUCGACAACUUCAGCAAUGAGGAGAGGAAAUUACAGGAGGCAAAGUUUGAACUGGUGACUUCUGAAGCGUCAUACAUCCGUAGCUUGACGAUCGCUGUGGACCACUUCAUGUUGUCGCAGGAGCUCGCCGAGUGUCUUGGAGCUCAGGAUAAGCAGUGGCUCUUCUCCAAGCUGCCUGAAGUCAAAGAUGUCAGUGAGAGGUUUCUUCAGGACCUGGAACACAGACUGGAGGAAGACAUUCUUCGUUUUGAUGUGUGCGACAUUGUCCUGGAUCAUUGCCCGGCUCUGCGAAGGGUUUAUUUACCUUAUGUAACCAACCAGGCUUACCAAGAACAGACGUACCAGCGUUUGCUGCACGACAACCCUCGUUUCCCUGGCAUCCUGGCUCGUUUGGAGGAGGACCCUAUCUGCCAAAGACUUCCUCUUACUUCUUUUCUAAUCCUCCCAUUUCAGAGGAUCACACGGCUUAAAAUGCUGGUGGAGAAUAUUUUAAAGAGGACAACACCAGGCUCUCGAGAUGAGGACACUGCCACGAAAGCUUUCAAUGAGCUGAAAAAGAUCAUCAAAGAAUGUAACUCCAGUGUGCAGUCAAUGAAGAGGAUGGAGGAACUCAUUCACCUCAAUAAAAAAAUUCAUUUUGAGGGAAAGAUCUUUCCUCUGAUCUCUCAGUCUCGCUGGCUGGUGAAACAUGGUGAACUCCUGGAGGUGGACACUCAGACGAUGAGUAUUUCUGGAUCCAAGCUAAAGUUACCCACCAAACCUGUGUACCUCCACCUGUUCAAUGACUGUCUCCUGCUGUCCAGGAGGAAGGAUACAUGGAAGUUCAUGGUCUUCGUACAUGCCAAGAUAGGAGAGCUGAAAGUGAAGGAUCUUAGUCAGAAGCUACAGGGCAUCUCAGGCUUCAUCUUCCACCUGCAGCUGUGUGAAGGCCAGCAGCUUAAACACCAGAUCCUGCUCAAAUCACACACAGAGAGCGGGAAGCAGAGGUGGAUCACAGCGAUGUUUCCGUCUGAUCCACUCGAGGACAUCGAGCAAGCCAAUGAGAAUGAUGAUAUAUCCCAGGUUCAGUGCAUCAAAAGCUAUCAGGCCCAAGAGCACGAUGAGUUAACAUUGGAAAAGGCCGACAUUCUUCAUGCUAAGACCAUUACAAGUGAUGGCUGGGUAGAAGGCAUCAGACUGUCAGAUGGGGAACGGGGCUGGUUCCCCAAAUCCUAUGUGGAGGAAAUCACAAGCCGCAGUGCACGACUCCGCAACCUCCGAGAAAAUAUCCGCAUCAAAUGUGUCAUGCAGAAACUGGAGGGAGAGGACUAACCCUUUUGUCUGAGGUGCAUUUCAGUUUCUAAGUUUCAUUUUUAAGCUUCUUGAUCAUUGUUUUAAUUUUAGAUGGAUGUGGGACCUUUGUAUAGUUUCCAAGUUCUAAAACAAGCCAACAUUUUUGACUGUUCUUAUUAAUUUCUUUUAGCACACUUGCUGUGAAUACAGCUGUGAAUACAGCGUGUUGACCACAGUUCACAUUCACACUCUGUAGUUUCUAAACUUUGUAUGAGCAGUUACUGUAUGCAUGCUUUCUGGGAAUGCAUCUCAAUACAUUUUCUUAAAAACAGAGGAAAACUUCAAGCAUCUUCACAAAUGUAAAUGUGGUAUACAUGCAUGCACAUUUACCAGCACAGCUUGUAAAGGUACAUGUGUGCAUUUCUUGAUUCAUGUCAGAGGAGAUCAGCUUGUAACAGUGUGAGGCUAACUCAGAGUCUGUCAUCUGUCAGUCCCUCUUUGAGCUGUCUUGCAGCAAAAAGCUUGUCUUUGUUCACACUAAGUGCUGCUUUAAUUUCAGCAUACAACAGUAUCAAUGCACUACAGUGCACCUGUUCAUUUCCCUCCAUGGAUGACACCCUCCCUGUAUGGACAGCAAAUGGUCUCUGCUAACAAUAUGGACUGAAUGAACUCUUGCUGUUUGGCCCAAACAAGGCAACCACAUGGUGGCUUAAUUAGUUUUCAGAUGGUUCUCACAGUUCUGCUGUAACAUAAAUAAAAUUUGAAAGUUCAAAACAUUGAAGGUUUUGAUCUUUUCAUGCAUUUUGCUGACAGUAAAAAACAAAACAAACAACAACAACAAAAAAAAAACGAUAAAUCAACACCAGCCUCGUUGGAAGUGGAAAAAUAUACCAAAUUCCCCAUGGAAGGCAUUUACAUUGGCAACAUGGGUGGUAAAUGUGCAAAUUUAGCUUCAAAGUUACUAAUUUUAAAACUUUGACAAGCCCCAGUUUAGCACCAGUUGAAUGAAAGCUCAACAUUAUUGUAUUACACUAAUAAUGCAGAAUAAAAUAAUGCUUUUGAACACUAAGCACUGAAUUACAUGUAGGCCUACAUCACUCGCAUCAUUUCCCUCAAUAUGUGUAAA